CAUUCAUUCAUACAAAUGUCAGAAAGGGCUGGGACGACUCGGGUGAAUUUACUACACUGAACAAAUUCUUCCGUUUUUAACGGGAAAGUGUAAUAAUUAAACUUAAUAAUGUAAUAAACAGUAUUCUUAGUGAAGGCGUAUGCGCGCCAAAUUACGAUAAGGCCGUUUAAACUUACGUAGUGUUGAUAGUAACCUCGUUUGUGUUAGAGGAUUUGUUUUCACAUAAAAACUCUUCAGGAACAUGUUGAAGUUCAAAAAAAUGGGCUCCGAUAAAGUGCCAUUGCUGCUUGUGACUGCCAACGUCGGAUCUAUUUUUGAGGAUCCCUCAGUAAUGCUUCCGAUAUGGACAUCAGAGUUCCUGCAGGCGGUCUCUCGAAUGGACCCAAAGUUCAUAGCGCUGCACUUGCAAGAAGUUGGUGGGAAAGCCUAUGAGAAGUCCAUGCAGUACGUCCAGGACUUUGUUCAAAGACUCUGUGACUGUCCAGAAUUGAGACUCUUUGACAAGAUCCGGAUAUUUUUGGAUGAAGACUUCAGCUCUCCUGAAAAGUUUACUGCUCUAGGCAACAUGUACUUCGCACAUUCCUCACUGACAGACCUGAAGAUCUGGGACUUCGAGCAGAAGGCCUACGUGGAAGCCACGGGCAAGGAGGUGCACGCUGGGAACAUUGAAAAGAUCACCACUAAGGAAAAGGCCAAAUUCCCGCAGCAUUUCUUUCCUGAGUGCAAGUGGUCGCGCAAGGGCUUUCUACGCACGCGCUGGUGGGUGCGCGGUACGGCCAUAGAGUUCGUCAACAUACAUCUCUUCCACGACGCGUCUAACUUACUCGCCAUCGAACCCUUUCCUUCUGUGUACUGCCGGUCCCGGCGGCGCGCGCUGCGCCACACGCUGCGCCACCUGCACGCCGACGCGCACGCCGCGCCCUACUUCAUCUUCGGAGACUUCAACUUCCGCACGGACACCGGCGGAGUCGUCAAGAAAGUGACAGAAGACCUAUCAGGCUCUCGUCUUCAGAACGGUGGCAAUGUCGACGCGUCUAAGCUUCAAUACAGAUCUCCUAGUGACGGCCGCGUAGUACUCACUAUUGGGAAGAAGGAAUUUUCUCAUAUAGACCAUCAGAAGAUCUUCAGGGAACCCUGGCUGCAACGUUUCGACCGUGAGUUAGAAGCCCUCCGGCCUCACUUGUACGAGUUCCCCGUGAAGUUCCCCCCCUCCUACCCGUUCGAAGAGGACGUACAUCUACCCACACACUAUAUGAAAACCAGAUGUCCGGCGUGGUGCGACCGAGUGCUCCUGUCUCAGUCCGCGCGACUACUGGUGCAGCACGACGCUGCCCGGCCCGCCGACAAUAGACAUAUGCAUGCCUCCAGGAAGUCAGUGACAGACUCCACCGACAGUAGCGGGCGCGUGUCGUCGUCGGACAGUAGUCCGGCGCGGUCCGCCUCGCCGGCUACACAUACACAGGGCAGUCCAGGUAAGACGUUGGAGAAAAAGAGUAGCCUGGCGGAGUUGGACGGUCUGUGCGUCCCCGCGCCGUCGCUCAGUCGCAAGAGUAUCGCCGACCCCACCAGUGUACAGCAAGCUAUCUCCGCCAGAAUGUCAGAAGAAGCUAGCGGUCGCCGUCGCCUAGUCCGCAACCAGUCGGAAGGGGAGGCAGCCCCCCGCGGGGGACGGGACCCCACCCCCCGCCGGCGUCCGGUCUACGGAGUCAUUGGGGACUCCGCGUGUAUGGGGGAUCAUAAGCCGAUCUACCUCCGCGUGAUGCUGCAGAGUGACCGAGGUAGGCUCAGUUGUUGCGCCCCCCCUCACUGCUCCCUGUGUACUAGCGCGGCCCUCCUCCCCUCCACCCUGUCCCUCCUGUGUCCACUCCCCCCACUCGCCCCUCUCCCCCCACUACCGCGCCUGCCCACAGACCCAGACCUCUAUGCGAACAAAAAAAUCAAAGUCCCUACUAUAUCUACUAGUCACCCAGCUAAUUUAACAGAUGAAAAAUUAAAAAGAACAAGGACUGGCUCCCUUAAUGAAACUAUGCUUAGAAUACCACACGUAGAAAUUACUAGUGCUGACUCCAGUCUCGAUGGUGUCUACGUAAAUGAUAUCGAUAAUACACUGCUCAGUGUUCGUCGAUGUAUCGAUCCCUACACGCCAGAAAGUAUCGAUUCUCACAGCCCUAACGUCGAAGCUUCCUCCGGCUCAGACGAGGUAUCGAUAGAAGUGACAGAAAAAUCGACUAAUAACAAUAAUAAAUCGACUAAAAUGAGUAGGGAUCGUAGUGUAUCGCCUACGCAGUUGAAGAGUCGAUUGGAUAAGUUGUUGAGUGAUAAGGAGGAGGUUAAAUCAAUUCCGGAGUUGCAAAGAUUGCAUAGUCGGGAAUCGUGUAAAUCAGAGGCUAGUAAAAAAGGGGGGUUGUGUUGUUUAGCCUUAAAAUGUUAUGGGUUCUGUAGGCGGCGCGCGCGUAGAGUCAAAUGUGACUGUAGCUUCGCCAAGUGUUGCUCCUGACCUAGUAGAUAGUGAUGUGACUUUGUUGUAUAGUCGAUUUCCAUUUAUCGAUUGUUUAUCAUCGAUUUUUUAUUCUUUAUUUAUAUUUUUUCAACUAUUGCAUUCUAGAUAAUAUUUUUUGUAACUAUGGAAGAAAUCGAUGGUAAAAAAUUGAUUGACAAUGCAUUGUUGUUUGCAUUUUUUGUUUUUGAUGUAAUUAUCGUAUGCACUGUUUUUUUUUGACAUUGUAGUAAUUAUUAAUUAGACAACCUUUAGAAAGGUUCCACCAAAUAUGGUAAUACAUUUACCAUGAGUUCGCAUGGUGACAUUUUAAUACCGCAUGCAUUUUUUAUAUAACAUAUCAAUGUCCAACUAGAUCUUAAAACUAUUAAUUUUAAAUACUAUUCCAAUGAAUGUAUUUCAUUAAUAAAGUAAUAAUAAUAUUAAGUUAGGUAACAUAUGUGCUUAUAACUAGUCGAAAUUUCGCUUUUAAUUAUCGAUAUGUUUUAUCGAUAAACCCCUACAAGUCACUACUCUAAUCUCGAGUACAGACACUCUCACGUAAAGCUAGCCAAAUCUCUUUUAUAUUAAUUAUUGCAAAAAGAAGACUGUAGGUAAAUAACUGCCCUCAAAAGCACUGGUUAUCGAGAUUUUAAUGAAGUUUUAAAUUUAAAUACUCAAUGAUAUAUGAUAGGUACAAAAUUGUACUCUAAAGUUAAGAGUCAUAACAUAAAUAGUGAACCCUAGGUCAUACAUUAUACGCGUGUAUAUUGUGCAUCUCUAGAUUUAGCGAUUGAAUCAAUGAAGUUGAAAAUAUAAUUUAAAAAUCUGACUUGGCUGAGUUGUCGCAAAUGCAACU